CUGGCAGUGUGAGCUGGGCUCUCCUGAGGAAUGGCUGCUCUCAAGGAGACUGAGAUGGGAGGCACAGAGCUAGGUGUCACCAGCAGCCCUGACGCAGCUCCCUCCGCAGGUACCAUGUCCACCCGGCGGCUCCGCAGCGAGGACUACAAUGACUACAGCUCCACAGACGUCACGCCAGAAGGGAGCCCGCCUGGGGACAUGAAUGGUUUUGCUCAUCCCGAGUCCUACCAGCGCUUCGGGGAGACCAAUGGGACGACAUGGUACCAGACCUUGAUCCACCUCUUGAAGGGGAACGUUGGCACAGGCCUGCUGGGGCUGCCUCUGGCUGUGAAGAACGCUGGCAUCUUGUUAGGACCUCUGAGUCUGCUUGUGAUGGGAGUCAUUGCUGUGCACUGUAUGAGCAUCCUGGUGAAAUGCGCUCAUCACUUCUGCUACAGGUUCCAGAAGCAGUUUGUGGACUACGGGGGUGCCAUGAUGUAUGGACUAGAGUCGACUCCUAGUGCUUGGCUUCGGACACACGCAGUCUGGGGAAGGCGUAUAGUGGGACUCUUCCUGAUCCUCACUCAGUUGGGUUUCUGCUGCGUAUACUUCGUCUUUCUAGCUGACAAUCUGAGACAGGUCGUAUCUGCAGCGAACGGUACUACAAAUGACUGCAGCUCAAACAAAACUGUGGCCACGACUCCCACAAUGGACUCCCGGCUCUACAUGGUUUCUCUGCUGCCUUUUGUGGUGCUGCUCUCAUUUAUCCAGAAUCUCAAGGUCCUCUCCAUCUUCUCCAUGCUGGCCAACGUGGCCAUGCUUGGCAGCCUCAUCGUGAUCUACCAGUACAUCAUCAGGGGCAUUCCUGAUCCCAGUGACCUGCCUCUAGCAGCAGCCUGGAAGACCUACCCGCUGUUUUUUGGCACUGCGAUCUUUGCUUUUGAAGGCAUUGGAGUGGUGUUGCCUCUGGAAAACAAAAUGAAGAAUCCCCGACAGUUCCCGGUGAUCCUCUACGUGGGGAUGUCGAUCGUCACAGUCUUGUACAUUAGCUUGGGUGUCCUGGGGUACCUGCGCUUCGGAGCAGAAAUCCAGGCCAGCAUAACGCUCAAUCUGCCUAACUGCUGGUUAUACCAAGCCGUGAAGCUGCUCUUCUCCUUUGGGAUUUUCUUCACGUAUGCUGUGCAAUUCUACGUGCCCGCUGAGAUCAUCAUCCCUCCUGUAGUCGCGCGAGUGUCGGAGCGCUGGGGAUGGCUGGUCAACCUGCUCCUCCGGACGGCCCUGGUUGGCAUCACCUGUGUGCUGGCCAUCCUCAUCCCGCGUCUGGACAUCGUCAUUUCGCUGGUGGGCUCCGUGAGCAGCAGUGCACUGGCUCUGAUCUUCCCCCCGCUCCUGGAGAUCGCCACCUACUACACCGAAGGCAUGCACCCCAUCGUCAUCAUCAAGGAUGUUGCGAUCAGCCUUUUCGGCUUCUUGGGCUUUGUGGUCGGGACCUAUGAGGCACUGGUGGAGCUGGCUACUCCCUCCGUGGUUGUGAACGCCACCAGCACCUCAGUGCAGUGAUGGCCCUCCUGCCCACGUGCCUCUCCGGAAGCUGUGCCGGAGCCCGGUAAUGCACUGGGGCUGGGCGUUGCCACUUUCCUAGGGAAGUUUCCCCCCUCUUGUAAAAUGUGGUUAUUUUGGUCUGUGUGAAUGAGGCUGAGCUGGUGACGAGAGAAUAAGCCUCUGACACUGCCCAGGCAUCACUGCCACCCAUCUUGAUGUGCAACAGGGUCUCUGCUGGCUUCUGGAGCCGGGGGAGGUGAAGUCUGGCCUGUGGCUGGAGUAGUGCCUUCCUCAGGGACUUUUCUGGCAGGGGAGAUAGCAAAACAAGCCCUGUUGGUACCCAUGUAAAUAGAGUCACUUUGAGGGGCAAGGAAACCUGGGAAUCUAGAUUUUGCUUUUAUUUUAUUUUUUUAAAUUCCAACCUUCCCAUAUUCCCACUUUCUUUCAGUAGGGGUAGGGAACAGGGACUGCUUUUCUCUGUGCCCAUUUUUUUUUCUUUUCCUCCUGUCAGCACUUUAUUUGAUGGCAACAGAGAAACUUCAACUCAGGUUGAAGAGCAUGGAGUUGCUCCCUGUGGGUAGAGAGGGCAGCGCCUGAGGUGCAGAAAGUCCUGGAGACAAAGAGGGCAGGGUGCCCCUGGGUGGGGGCUGGUCCCAUGCCUGCUGGGUGUGAGAGGUACUCCCAGAUCUCCUGUGACCAGAGAUCCCAGGACAUGGGCAUUGCGUCUGGCAGCUAUGUGCCUUUGGGCACUUGCCAGCGUUGAUGCCGGCUGUGCUGCACCUCCAUUUCUGGCUGUCUCUAGCGUUGUGCAGGCCAUACGUGGGGCAGACUGCUGGAGUCUCGGUGCUGGGCAUGGCAGCUCUGGGACUAGGUGGCGGGGUUUGCUAAACCCUGGCCCACAGCUUUAGUAGUAACACUUCUCUUCCCUUUAGAUCAUAUAUCUGAUGAAUGUUUUUUCUGAAGUGUUUGCAUGGCGCAUAGAGAGCAAACCGGCAUGGGGCUCUGAGUGACCUGGUUAUCUUCAGCUAGGAGCCCUGUCUAUGCUGUUGUGCUCCACUGCGUGGGACAGUGGUGUUCCUGGGUGGUCACCACUGUGCUGGGUCUCUGCACAGAAAUACACAUUGUUUACAGUGCUCGAGCUAGCCCAGCACCUCUGCGGUUGUACUUGCAGUCUCAUUGCUGAAUGCUAAAUCAUGAAAAGGAGAGCAGAUCCUUCCCCCUUCUCCUGGACCUGCUUGCUCCCUGGUGGCACCCUCUAAUUCUGAUGCAGCUUCAUGUCCCCUGUUAGGAGGCAGCUCUCUCCGGCAUGUCUCUUGUCCCUCUUGCUUCUGGCUGAUGUGUGUUGUGGGGGGGCCGGUCCUUCCCGAGGGCUGCGCCAGUGCUGUGGCCUUGCUAGGCUUCUUUUUUCCCCUUUGGGAAGAGCAGGCUGAAGGCAUGGACAAGCAAAGCUGCUGUAAUUAGGGGGAGAGCUGCUUUGGCAUCCUGCAAACUCUUGGACUUUCUGCACCAGCAUCCAGUGAUGUGGAGUCACUUCUGUCUUAGCUGGUCCUGGACAGUUCUGAACACGGCAGUUCCCUGCAAUUGCAUUUAAUUUCUUGAGCAAAAAUACCUAUGCUGGGGACUGGGCUGCUGCUGGUGCCAAAUGCUGCCCCUGCUAUCCUUCAGCAGCUCCCUGGGCAUCCUCGCUUUGGGCGUAGUUCCUGUAUUUCUGUUCUCCUCUUGCUUGCUUGCUGCUACUGUGGACUCCUCCAGAAAAUUCCAGCCUCCUCUGGCUUUCUUCGCCCUUUUGCUGGAUUUUUUUUGAGACAGGCAGAUGACAGCAAAUGCAUCCUCCAUAGGAUGUCUUUUCCUAGCAAUGCACAAAUAUUUUGGCUUCAGGAGGGGAAGGAUGCUAUGGAAGAGCUGUGGUGAAGAGAAGCAUCCCCUGCAGUUUCUCUCCUUGCCGGCUGAUAACUUAGCAUCUUGCUCUGCUGCCUGAGACCCACUUCCCAUUUCCUCGCUUUGCUUUGACUGGUCGCUGCUGUGCCAGUCUGUGGGGCUGCUGACUUCUGCAGGCUUUGCCAGCAGUUGUGUGGGUAGGUAGUUCACUGCUCCAACAGCUCUUUUUUUUUUUAUGGUCCUUCACCUCCUUUCUACUUUCUCAGGGCUCCUGUAGCCACAAAGCUCAUCCUAUCUCCUCUGAAUCUUUUCUGGUGAAGGUUUCAGCCUGCUCUGGUGUUGCUGGGUCACGGCGACAGGAAACUUCUAAGGCAAAUCCUCAAUAUGGGGGUCACCUUUGGGGUGACUGCAAGAAGCUGGGUCUGGCAGGAGGCAAGGCCGGGCAGAGGGGGAGCUUGAGCACACACUACAUCCUGAACAAGUGCAAUAUUAAAGGCCAUGGCUUCACAUCAUCUAUGGAAAGCUGCCUGUUCCCGGGAAGGUAUCGGAGCCUGGCUCAGUCACUUCACCACACGGCCAAUGAGGCAAGAUACAGAUUUGCACUCCAGAAUCGCUUUGUGUUAAGAGCCUCGGAGACCUCCCAGGCUCAAUGAUUCGUAGCGGAAAGCUGGCUGCAAUUGAUGGGCACCUGCUCUAAGGCUCCUUGGUGCGCUGGUGACACGUCCCCCACUGUCCUUCCACAUGCACAUAGUGCCUGAGCUGUCAACCUGGGAAUUUAUCGCUUUGGUGAAAGGGUUGGCUUAAGCCAGUGCUGGAGGGAGUGCACUGAAACACUUGGGUUUACUGGGUGGCACAUGCUGAAUGCCAGGAGCCGAGCUGCUUCGUUUCUGGAAUUGCUGGCCAGAUAUGUAGCGUCCUGACUUACUGUGCAGUCACCGGUGAAGACCUCACUUCUGUGGUGGCUGUGAGAUAUCAUGGGAGCAUUAAAUGGUUUGUGAGGUAUGUGGGUUUAUCAUGCUGGAGUGAAGAAGUGAUGAGCAGGGGGUGCUUGGAAAUGGGGUCUAGCAGCAUUGGUGGGACUGAGGAGCUCUGGUGAGCUGCGAGGACCUGAUGCAGGACCAGGUGAAUGUUAAAACUUGACACUUGUGUGUUGUUGGCUGCUCUGUAACCAUGGAAAUUGUGUAAAUAUAGAAACAGUUAAUGUACAUGUUUUGUGCCCAGUGGAAGAACCUGUCUCUGGUGCUGCACCUGAAUUGUGUAUCUUCAAUCAAUAAAUAAUAUCUAUUUUUUACAUGAAAAGGCUCUGUGAUGUGAGGUGGGAGGUCUGUCACAAGCAGCACAUGUAAAACCACCAUCUCCUUCACAGAAAAAUUUAAUGUUGUACUGAAGGAGCGUAGAGCCAUCAGUCCUUUACGCAGAUCCUCUGAACACGUGCUCCUUGACUCCCACGGAGACCUGGACAGCACAUGGACUAUUGGCAUGUCUUUAGCAGAGGGAUGGAAACUGAGUCAUGAGUAAAACCGGAUUGCCUGCACAGCCAGCCCCCACGCGAGGGAGCUGGCUGCGCUUUUCCUAUCUCUGUACCAGGUUACGAGACUCCUCCUUCCACUGAGGGUUUCAAAUAAAAGUGCUUCAGUCUUGCUGCUCUUA